AGUCUCUGGGAAAAUAUUCUUUCUUGAAGCUUACUGUCGAGGAGAAAGAUUCUGUUCCUAAGAAUGGAGGAGAAAUGGAGGAAAAACAAACAUCCAAAUCAGAUUCUUCAGGAAAAUAUUCUUACUUGAAGCCUGCUGUGGAGGGGAAAGAUUUUAUUCCUAAUCAGCCUGGAGAAAUGGAGGAAAUUAAAACAUCCCAAUCAGAUUUUUCAGCAGAACUAGACUUAGAAAUGACAACAGAAAAAGAGGAAGAAAGUCUUAAUGAAAGUGAAAAUAAACAACUGCAGAUUGAAGAAACGGAGAAGCACCAAAAUGAUGAAAUGGCAGUAUUGGAAAGCAUAUAUGCUUCUGCUGCUGCUGGACUAAUGCAUCCAAUAGGGAGUGGAAAAACUGAUAACAACCUAUGUCCUAUUACGGAAAAUGAAGAAUCUGAUGGUGAUCCUGCUUUGGAUAUAAAGGAAGUAAGGACAGAGGAUAAAGAAAAACAAACAUCAAAAGAAUCUGUGAUUACAUCAAGGUUUGAGAAAGCCUCUUCUCUAAUUUCUUGUCCUCUGCAAAUGAAUGAUGACAGCACUUCAA